GGCUUUAUUCCGUGCCUAGGAGCUCUGAUCAAAGAAGAAAACGGAACCCUCCGUGACAAAGAACGCCUUACAGAGCGAAAGACGAUGAACUGCUAUUCAAUGUCCACGCCACCCUGUGCCAACACGGGGCGAGAUGAGGACUCACCAUGUCCGAAUCAAGCUACUAAGGCAUGCAAAGACUGUCAUCUCGUUCAGGUUCGUAUCCCUUCACCCGGCCUGAAAAGCUUCGCAGCUAACAGACUGCUUGCUCAGUACUGUAGCAGAGACUGCCAGGUCGCGCAUUGGCCCGUACACAAAAGAGACUGCAAGUCUAAGCUUCUGCAACAGACUUGGAGACCCUCCUGGGAAGAAGAAAGACGGCUUCCUGCUUUCGUCACUGCUACAGCAGGCUUGACGACACAUGGGGCGAAGAAAUACCCGUGGGGAAACACGCCAGCGUUGGACGUGUUGAACUUGGAACAAAAUGAAGGCUGCAAUUUCCGUGGAGAUCUUGAUCUGCUUUUCGCCGCAUCGGGCGAUCUUCGCAACGUUGUCAAGUCCCUGGCGUCACUGCCAGCCGAUUUCUCCGGGAAUUGCAAUAUCGUGGUCAAUGACAGGGAUUUGGACAUCGUUGCCAGGAAUGUCCUGCUCAUCCUUGUCUCAUUUCACUAUGAACCUGCGGAAGCAAGUGUGAUAAUGGUGCACCUGUGGUAUUCUGCGCUUCUUCCAGAGGCAAUGCUCUCCUCCUUACGCGCCAAGUUAUUACCUCUGAUCCAAGACGCAUGCUCGAAAGUCCGUGACAAAAGAAAGGAUGCUCUGCUAGCGAAGACUUGGAAGUGCGGAUCGAGGUCCCUGCGUCUCGUUUUGCGGAAGGAGCAAUGGGAUCAACUUCCUGCAUACCUUGACGUGCCUGCAGGACUGUCAACAGAUCAGGCUCAACGCGUGCGGAGGUCGACAACAUUAGCACCGCACCGAGAAGAUUAUCGCCAUCGUGAUCUGUACAACAAACCUCCCGAGUGGAGAGUCUGCAUUAUGAAGUUUCGCGAAGAUGGAAUUCUCCUGCCAUUUGGGGCAUGCCGUCGGGAGUUUUGCACGCCGAAUCCAACUUUUUAUCAAACGACCUCAUGGCCAAUGAAAGAUUCUGCAGACCCCCUCGACGGAUGGCGCAUCCAAGAGGUCAUGUCGAAGGCUCCGCUUGCGGAGAAGGACCUUUAUGGAAGCCUCUUUCUCUUCCUGCGCGAUUUGUUUUCCAAGUAUUGCGCUCGACUCGCCACGAUCAGCGUCAGUUUCCAGCUUUUCCACCUCGAUGCGACUACUCUUCCCGCUUCCUUGAAAAGCGAUGGCAUCAGUCCAACUUCAUUCGACCGUAUUGAGGUGUCAAAUAUCGCAGACAAUGCCUAUCUUGGUCCCCGGACGAUGCUGUCUACGUUUGGUCCUUUACUGAAGAAACAGACGGAGAAUCCCCACGCGACUCUGAUAGGACUGUUUCUCAACGCCAUUGACGAAGAAGACUCGCAAUCUUUAGCAUCUCUGAAGUCUGAUCUGUCCUACCUCAGUCGCUUUCUCCCAAUCACUCCUAAUUUCGUGCGGCGAGGCGACAAAUCAGAUGCUGAUUUUCUGAGACUGAUAUUUGCGCGAGACAUGGUCCGCGAUGUCGACGCCAUAUUCGGACGGUACAUGAAGAAGCAUCGAUUCAAGGAAAUCACACGAGAUGCAGGGCUUGCGAUGAAAUCGAAAAACACAAUCAUCCCUCCGUUCCCAAUGCGACUGCCAAAGAACGCGACGCAAAAGGAGUUCGAUUUGCUUCUGGCGUCGGCCCAUACUGGCUCUGAAAGAUACGUGGAGUGGAAGAGGUUGGAAUAG